AUCAAGGGUUUCUCCCUCUGCUUCUUCCUCGUCAUCUUCUUCUUCCAAGCCUCUUCAGCAGAAACCGCCGGCAACAAUGGGGAAAAAAUCAAAGACUUCAAGGAAGGGGAAGAAGGCGUGGAGAGCCAAUAUAAGCACUGAAGAUAUCGAGGACUUUUUUGACAAUUCCAUCAAAGAUGCCCUCUCCGGCGGCUCUCUCGCCGAUGUUCCUAGCGACUCCCUUGCCUACGUUGACAAGUCCGGCGAUAUUCCAGCCAGGAAGAAAAUUGAAAAAAAGAGGGACAAAAUGCUUCAUUAUGAGAGUUUGCUGCAGAAAAAUGUAUUUGUUAAACCAGUACCAUCUUCAUGUACUAAAAAGUCUAAGAUGAAAAGUAAAGGGGCUAAAAAGGCAGAUGAUUCUGCUCAAGUGUGUGAAAAGGAUGCUGCUGUUGCUACUUGUUCUGGCAUUGUUGGCAUAUGGAAUGAAACAGGUGAGCAGAAUGUCAAAAGAAAAAAGAUGUCAAAGACUUCUAUUAUACCUGCAGUGGAAGUUGAUCCACCAGGGUGCUCAUUCAAUCCACCCCCUGAAAGCCACCAGGAUGCAUUAGCAGCUGCAGUUGCUGACGAAAUGCAGAAAGUUUAUCAGGAUGAGUUGGGGCCCGAGCCUGUUCCUUUAACUGUUCCUGGAGAUACAGUUGAUGAAGAAAAUUUGUAUUUUCUUGACGUGGAUGAUGAAAGUGAUGCUGAUGGUGAAAAUAUGGCAGAAGAUGGAAACCUGGAACCAGAGAAGAGGAUGAAAAAAACCAAAGUGGUGACAAGAGUUGAAAAGAACAAGAGGGCCAGGCGCAAAGAACAGCUAAAAGCUGAAGCAGAAGCCCAAAAGGUGAAGAACCUUUCUAAAGAAAUUGACAGCGUGACAAAUAUAAUUCAAGAAAUAGCUAAAGAGGAUGAAGAGAAACAGAAAAGACAUCUCCGCCGUGUUGUUUCAAAACUAGAAAGGCUAAAAUCUUGUCCACCGCGUCUUGGGAAGCGCAAAUUUCACCCUGCUCCUGUUCAAGUUCUAUUAUCAGAAGAGAUCACAGGUUCCCUCCGGCAAUUAAAGGGAUGUUGUACCCUCGCAAAGGACCGAUUCAAGAGCCUUGAGAAAAGAGGACUUGUUGUCCCAUCAAAAAAGUCUGGCAGGAGGUGAUUGUGAAUUCAUGGACCAGUAGCUAUGCCAUUGGCGUAUCGUAUGAAGACUUCGGCAGUGACUACCCCGUCCCGGGUUUUUUUAAAAUUAAUUUUUGUUCUUCAAGUUUUUACUUUUUUACCACACUGGAAAAAUGGGUUGUUGUAGUUCAAAAGUACAGUAGGAAACAAAUAUUAAGGUUUUAGACAUGACUUUGGGAGAAUUUUUUAUUUAUCUGAAAGUUAUUUUUCUAUAUCCUUUGUAUGAUAUCAACAAAAAUACACAAGGUGAUUAUUGUUAGACCUUGUCUCUAUCAUU